AUGAGUCUUCACUACCCGGAGCUUGACGAGCUGAAGACUCUGAAGGUGUUCAGACUUCAUAUUGAUCUCAUUGAACAGAGGUUCAAGAAACAAGGUCGAACGAUCACGUUCGACAUAUCAUCAAUUGAAGACUUUGCCAGUCAGCAUUACGCCGAUCAACCAUAUAACCGAUGGAAUGGGCGGCAAAUCCGCAAUGCCUGCCAUACUGCACUGGCACUUGCCGAGUUUGAUGCUCAAAAGAAUGGGUCAGAAAUCAGCUUGGAGAUUGACAAAUCCGCCACUGUAUCACUCCAGCUCAAGUACUUCAAGGUCGUCCAAAAAGCCUACCUCGACUUUGGCGAGUACUUGGCUGAUAUUCAGGGCACUGAAGGCGAUGACAGAGCAUUCCAGCAACGACUCCGUGCAAGGAAAAACACUCCCUUUGAGAAACAAAGCCUGUUCGACGCCCGACCAGGUCCCGGACAACGCCGACGGCCACGCCACGCUAACAGCAGAUUCAUCGCCACCAGAGACAAUAUUCUAGCACAGCUAGCUCACAAGCGCAAGGCUACGGGAACGCAGCUCCGUAUAACCAAACCCCAGGUGGUAGCUUCAGAGAUUAUGGGAACUCACCGGCGCAUGAUCAACAGAUGCACGGCCAACAGGCUCAGACGGAUACUCGAUUCCAGAUGGAGAGUCAGCAAGCUCCUCUGUACGAAUCGCCGCAGGCUGGACUGCAGCCUGCACAUUCUGGAGAGGCUCAUCUACGCCCAAGUAUGA